AUGAGUAGGGAAUUGCAAGAACGCCGAGAGCAAGAAGAGAAAUUGGAACAAAAAGGGUUACAAGAGAUAAGUCGACUGGAAAGAGAACAUGUUCAAAUACAUAGUCAAUUGCUAAGUGCUUUGGAUGAAAUAUAUCUGUUGCGAGAAGGUGGGGUAGCCAUGAUGAAUGAAAAGGUAGAGAAGGAAUCGCAUUUACUCGAAUUACGGAAACAAUUACAGUUGAGUUUGGAUAAGAGUGCAGCCAUCUUAAAGACAUUUGAAAGAACUAACGCAAUGAGUAAUAGUGGUGGCGAUCGUGAGGAUACUGAAGAGUCCGCAGGUGGCAUUAUUAAUACGGCUGUUCUAAAUGAUGCUAAGAUGGUGAAUGACAUCAACGAACAAAAUAAUAAGUCUAUAGAGAACAUCUUGGCCAAAAGACUUCGAGAUAUGAUGGAUGUGAAUUUCCAUCAAGACUUCCAAUUGAAUGAAUUGUUAACAAAACAGGAUGAAAUGUUACAAAAACUUUAUCUUGAAAGACGACGAUUUCAUCAAUUAAAGAGUAAAUUGGUGUCUGUCGCUGAAACACGUCAGACGCUUGCGAAAGACAAGCAAGAACAAGACAAAGACUCUUAUGGGAACGAAGACAAAGAUGGAGGUGAAGAUGAUGAUGAUGAUGAUGAUGAUGAACAAGAUGUACAAUUGGGAAGGGAAAACUUGGUGAUGGAUGAAUUAUUAAUGGCGUUAAAAGUAACUACUGGAUACCGCCGUACCCAGUGA